AUGCAAGGAGCCGAAAGAGCAUCAGACCCAUCCGGACACGCAAGCGCAAGAGGACUGAGAAGCGCUGACAGCGGGAAGGGCUCCGUGGCUUCUGAGGGUGGAAAGGGCAGUGUCAGGAUGGUGGGUCGUGGCCGGAGUCCGAACAGUGAGAGCAGCACUCCCUCGCUGAUGCCGCCGAACCCCGUGGUCGUUUCACAGGUUUGGUCAACAGACGAGAGUAGCUUGGAUGAGGCUGGAGAUGACCGCUACCUCUUUGCAGAUGAGAAAAGCAGCCGCAGGACUAGCAGUGGCUACAUGAAGCGAAGGCGUGCUUCAAGAGCGUCCUCAUCUGGAGGAUUUCCCGUUGCUUGUGCAGCCACAGAAGAGAACGGAGACUUUGAGAGUGCAGGAGACUCCAGAGCGCCUGCACCACAGGCCAGAAGUCAGCCAAGAGCUUCCCUUUUGGAGAGUCUCAGCGAAGGGGUGGCCAACCUUUGGUCCCGUGAGCCCAAGGGAGCGAAAACACCCCCCUCACGGGACUCCAUCCAAUCGACUGUUCUGGUCACACAGGACGGUGAGGAGAAGUUCUUGGAAGAGGAGUGCCACCAUCAGCGCAAGGAAGAUAAAUCUAGCAUUGAAGACGUGCAAGCCCACCGGGGCCUCUUCGCGGCCGCAGACUUGGCCCAAAGCUUGAAGAGGCUCUCAUCAGAUCUCUCGGCAGGUGUCGUUUCAAUGGCAGAUUCACUUCGACAGGCUCCUCCUGAGGCUAGGUGGACUGGUGCCCGAGACCUUGAUAGCAUGUAUCCUGCCAGCCCCAUUACAGACGACAGGACGACGUUGAAUUUGGAUAGCUUGAUGAACGAGGCCCACUUGCCGUUCCGGCAGCUGCUGCAGGAGGUUCCGGAUCCGGAGAACACCCCGGGCGGCAUCCUGGCCUCGUUCCCGAGACUUCAUCGCUUGCAGGGCGUGAGCCAGGAAUUCGCAGCCCGUGAGCUCGCAGCUGCUGGGGGUUCUUUGCCUGACACAGGUUCCAACGGGCGCCCAGCUGGUAUUGCGGAGGAGGCGGGCGUGCGGGCACCCAGCUGGAGCAGGCAAACCUGGUGCAUCUGUAUUCAUCCGCUGAAGGCUAUGAGGCGGUCACCCACGAGCUCACCGGUGAAGAGCACCAGCUUUGGGAUGUCUUUGUGA